CACGAAUUCUUUUUUUCUUACGAUAAAAAACACACUAAAAAUUUAUUUUAAAAUGACUUUUGAAUUUUAUACUAGAUUAUCUCAAAGUUUUUCUCAAUUACUUGAUGACGCAAAUGACCAUGAUAUUAUUAUCAAAGUUGGAGGAAAUUCAAAUACAAAAGAAUUUCGUGCUCACUCAUAUAUAUUAAAAGCUCGAUCUCCUUAUUUCAAAAGAGCUCUUUCACAGGACUGGGCUAUAAAGAAAAACAAUAUGUAUAAUUUUACUAAACCGAAUAUCUCUCCCAUUACAUUUGAGAUUAUUCUUAGAUAUAUGUAUACUGGUAUUCUUGAUUUAAAAGGUAGCGAUUGCUCAGAUAUUCUAGAUCUUCUCGUGGUAUCUGAUGAAUUACUUAUUGAAGAAUUGGUUACGUUUAUACAAGAUUACUUUUAUGAAUAUAAAAUUGAUUGGUUGAGACAAAAUAGUUCCAAGGUUUUUCAUACGGUAAUUAAAUUGGAAAGUUGUAAAAAACUUCAAGAAUAUUGUUAUGAAAUUAUUUACGAAUUUCCAAAACCUUUUUUAAAUUCCCUUGAAUUUCCAAGAUUAGAAAAAAGUAUUUUACUUGAAUUAGUUAAACAAGAUUUAAUAAUUGAAGAAAUUGAAUUAUGGAAUUAUCUUUUUAAAUGGGGAAUCGUUCAUACUCCUGAAUUAGAAGGAAAGAGUAUAACUGAUUUAAGUAAAUGGGAUGAAGAAGAUUUCUUAGCUUUAAAAAAUACUUUAAACCCAUUUAUCUCUCAUGUUAGAUUUUUCGAUAUUUCUUCAAGAGAUUUUCAUACUAUUAUCUGGCCUUUUAAAAAAGUGUUACCCGAAAUACUCUGUGAGGAUGUAUUGUCAUUUCAUAUGGCUGGUAAUAUACCUGAAAAUAAAUUACCUUCUCGUAAUGGAAUUGUAACUAAUGAUUCAGUUAUCAUUAGAUCAAAACAUGCCGCAAUCCUUGUUAACUGGGCUCUAAAAAAGGAUGAUGAUACAAAAAUACCAAAAAAUAAAUAUAAAUUUCAACUUAUUCAUCGUGGAAGUAAUGAUGGUUUUAGUGUUAAAACUAUGCGUAGUGCAUGUAGUAAUAAAGGUCCAAUUUUUUUAAUCGUCAAAAUUAAAGAAAAUGGAACUAUAAUUGGUGGUUUUAAUCCUCUCGGUUAUAAGAAUGAUAAUUAUUAUGGUAAAAAUAGAGAAUAUUUUGGUACAACUAAUGAUAGUUUUAUUUUUUCUUUGGGUAAUAAUAAAGAUUGUAAAAAAAUUAUUAGUAGAGUUACCAAUGAAUUUUAUGCGAUAUGUGAAUCACGCUACACAAAUCUUGCUUUAAGUUUUGGUAAUAGCGAUUUAAUUAUUAAGGGUACAUAUGGUACGUGCAAAAAAUGUUAUUAUCAAUGUGAAAUUUUAGAUACUGAUAUUUUCUCAAUUGAAGAAAUUGAAAUCUUUAAAUUUUAUGUUGAAAAAAACAAAUAACUUACAUUAUUUUAAAAACUUUAUUAUUGAAUAUUUUUUUGCAUUAUGUUUUAGUUAAUUUGUUCUACAGUUUUAAUAAUUUUACUAUAAAGAUAGAGAGAUAUUACUAGUUACUAUUUAUUUCUUCGUUAUCAUAACAAUGGCA